AUGAGUGGGAACAACAUUAGUGGUAGUAUACCACUCGAGAUUGGAAACUGCAUUCAACUACAUGUGCUUGAUUUUUCUUUAAAUCAUAUAGUUGGGGCAAUUCCGAAGGAACUAGGAAAGUUGACUUCUCUAGAGAAGUUGUGGUUGAAUGGAAAUCAUCUCUCUGGUGCUAUACCUGUAGAAUUCGAGUCAUUGACCAAUCUCGAAUUUCUAGACAUAUCCUCGAACAAAUUGUUCAGGUCACUUCCUCGUAAUCUUGGGAUCGGCUUCUCAAAAUUGAACUACUUGAAUUUAAGCCAUAACAAUUUCAGUGAAGAACUUCCUAUCUUGCUUAUGAGCUUAUUUCAUCUCUCCAAACUAGAUUUAAGCUAUAACUCUUUCACUGGAGAGAUACCGUCAGAAAGCAGCAAAAUGCAAAGCUUGGAGGUGCUCAAUCUCUCUCACAAUCAUCUUUCUGGUAUUAUUCCGGCUACCUUUGAAGAAAUGCAUGGCUUGUUGCAUGUUGAUGUAUCCUUCAAUGAGUUACACGGCCUCAUUCCCAACAACAACGCAUUUUUAGAUGCUCCCUUGGAAGCCUUGCAAGAUAACAAGGGAUUAAGAAAGAAAUAUCGAUAUCCCCAUUUAGAACAAAGCGACAAGCAUGAAAGAGGAUCUCUUUUUGUGUCAAGCAAUUUCAAUGGAAGAGAAAUGUAUGAAGAGGUCAUAAGAGCAACCGAAGCGUUUAGUGACAUAUAUUGCAUGGGGAAGGGAGGAUAUGGAACAACAUAUCAAGCAAAGUUGUCAUCAGGUGAAAUGGUAGCUGUGAAGAAACUCCACCAACUACUUGACAAUGAGAAAAGAUCCCAAAAGGCAUUCUUAAAUGAGAUAAAGGCAUUAACAGAAAUACGACAUCGAAAUAUUGUCAAACUUCAUGGCUUCUGUUCGCAUGCUCGACAUUCAUUUUUGGUUUAUGAAUAUCUAGAAAUGGGUAGUUUGGCAAGAAUGUUGGUGAUUGAAGAAUAUGCUAAAGAAUUUGACUGGAGUAAGAGAUUGAAUGUUGUCAAAGGUGUGGCUUAUGCCUUGUCUUACAUGCACCACGAUUGCUCACCACCAAUAAUUCAUCGGGAUAUCAAAAGUAACAAUAUCUUGUUGGAUUCUCAGUGUGAGGCCCAUGUUUCAGAUUUUGGUACUGCUAAGAUUUUGGACCUAAAUUCAUCCAAUUGGACUUCCCUUGCAGGCACAUAUGGAUAUAUAGCACCAGAACUUGCUUAUACAAUGAAGGUAACUGAGAAAUGUGAUGUAUAUAGCUUUGGUGUGUUGUCAUUAGAAGUGAUAAUGGGAAAGUAUCCAGGUGAUUUUAUCUCCUCAGUUAAGUCAUCUGAUCCAUCAAUUGAGAUGGGCAUUCAACUUAAAGAUGUGUUGGACCAAUGCCUUCCAUUUCCAACACCCCAUGUUAAGGCCGAGCUCAUAAGAGUCGUAGAGAUUGCUGCUGAAUGCUUAAAUGACAUUCCAAAAUCCAGGCCGACUAUGCACAUGAUUUCUAAAGUGUUAGCAGCGGCCCAAGCCCCAAACUGCAGUUUCCAGCUAGAGCCAUCUUUUGAAUGA